CGGUGGCCGUCAGGGAAUCUUGUCCCCCCUGAGCCGCCGUCCGCGGCCGGCUGAGGGUGAGAGGUGACGUGACGGCUGCGUCCCCGGAAGCAGCGGGACGGGAGGGAGGCAGGCCGGUGGAGGAGGAGGAGGAGGGCGUCGGAGCAGCCGCCUGUCCGCAGCCUCCCGCGGGGCCGGAGCAUGGUGCAGGGCCAGCCGCCCCGCCGCCUGUGAGCCCGGCCGCCGCCCCCGCCUGGGGGCUUCUUCGCCCUGCGCCGCCGGUGGAUCUAAUCAGAAUAAUGUUCAACAUAAAUCCUUUGGAGAACCUGAAGGUUUACAUCAGCAGUCGCCCUCCUCUUGUGGUCUUUAUGAUCAGUGUAAGCGCCAUGGCAAUAGCUUUUCUGACACUGGGUUAUUUCUUUAAAAUCAAGGAGAUCAAGUCACCGGAAAUGACAGAGGACUGGAAUACUUUCCUCUUGAGGUUUAAUGAUUUAGACUUCUGUACAUCAGAGAAUGAAACCUUAAAACAUCUCAUCAAUGAUACCACAACUCCAGAAAGUACAGUGACUAGCGGACAAGCCAGAUCUUCUACACAAUCUCCACAGACUCUUGAGGACUCUGGUCCAGUAAACAUCUCUGUGACAAUCACUCUGACACUGGACCCACUCAAACCAUUUGGCGGGUAUUCCCGUAAUGUCACACAUCUAAGUUCCACAAUUUUGGGGCAUCAGAUUGGACUCUCUGGCAGAGAAUCCCAUGAGGAGAUAAAUAUUACGUUCACCCUGCCUGCUGCUUGGAAUUCAGAUGACUGUGUUCUCCAUGGUCACUGUGAGCAGGUGGUAUUUACAACCUGUAUGACUGUAUCAGCAACCAGCAGUGUGUUUCCUGUCACAGUUCAGCCACCGCAUUGUGUUCCUGAGACGUACAGCAAUGCUACCCUCUGGUACAAGAUCUUCACUACAGCCAGGGACUCAAAUACAAAAUAUGCACAAGAUUAUAACCCUUUCUGGUGUUACAAAGGAGCCAUUGGAAAGGUCUAUCAUGCUUUAAAUCCCAAACUAACUGUCAUAGUUCCAGAUGAUGAUCGCUCACUAAUAAACUUGCAUCUCAUGCAUACCAGUUAUUUUCUUUUUGUGAUGGUGAUUACAAUGUUCUGCUAUGCAGUUAUUAAAGGUAGACCAAGCAAACUGAGGCAAAGCAAUACAGAAUUCUGCCCUGAAAAAGGAAACUUCCUACCAAGAGCUGAAUAUCUUUGAAUGUUUGAUAAAUACCAAUUACAAAAUAUCUUCAGAUAUAUUUUGGUCUUCUUUCCAACCUGGAGUCCUCAGAAUGGCAAUGACAGACGUCCUAGCUGCAUAGAGAUAAGUAAUGUGCAAAUAGAGUUGAUUUCAAUUAUACACAAGCUCUUAAUUCUGUAAUUUUUUUUGUUUUACUUCCAGGUUGCUUUGUCAGAAGCAUAAUCCAUCUCCUUUUACUGAAAAUGGCUGAGAACCAUAAUCAUUGCCUGCUGAACCCAGACUGGGUCUUAAGACUUUGUGAAUACAUUAUCUUGCAAUGUUGGUUUAUUCCAACCAAAGACAUUUCAAGUGCCUGUAAUUGAUUUGUACAUAUUUAUAAAAGUAUAUUUAGAUGAUGCACUUGUUCCGCACAGUAGUGCGGCGAGAAUCUUUAAAUCUUUACCUGUGGACAUAGCUGAAUGUUUGUGUAGAUAAUAAUAGAUGUGUAGUGAUAAGGAUCACGUAGUCAGAGCAAGAUAUUUUUGUCUAGCUGCAUCUGGGCAGGUUAAGAUGCCUUUCCAAAUGUCUCAAACAAUACAAACCCUUUGUUUUUGCCCAAUGAUAUGUAAAGUGUGUUUGAAACAGUAUGCAUCUUUGAUAUAAUAUUGCAUUUCAAAAGCCACUGAUCUACUACAUAAAUUCAGUGUGUAUGUGGCGUAAUACUUUUCCAUUUUCUCCUUGCUUGCAAGAAAAGAUAUCAACAUUUCUAGAUUUUUUUUAAGAGAAAUACAUAUUCACAUUUUAAUACUGCUGUAGUUAGGACAAACUUGUGCUUUUAUCCAGAAUUUAAUAAAAAAGGCAAAGUCUUAUUUUAAAAUCUUUUCUAUUGCAAAGUGCUAAGAUUCACUUUUCAUGUGGCCUGCUGGAAUGGCAGAACAUUGAUUUGCAUUGGGGUUGUAUGGAAAGCUUUCCACUUACUUUGCCUCCCCUCCACAGGCUUCAAAUUAGCAACUUCCUUAGUAUAAAAUAGCUUUUUAUAACCUGUCUAAAAAGUGGAUUUAAAAAAAAAGGAUGCGUUCUAUUAAUAGUCAGUUGUGGUGCCAUGUAGCCUGGUCAAGUGCAAAUAACAAAGGGAAAAGGAAGAUAUAGUAACUUAAAGACCAUUGUACGUGCUUCAUGUUGGACCUUCCACACAUCUCUAAAGGGCAGCUGAAAAUGACAUAUUUUUAUUAGCUUUGUCCAAUUUUUAUCUACUGUUGUCUACUGAGGGGAAGAUGACAACUAGUGGGCUAAUCCUGUUGUGAAUAAGUUGAGGGAAACCUUGCCUGAGAAAUUUGUAUUGGUCUUUGUGUCCAUUUUUAAAAUCAGAGCAGACUUGAUUUCUUGGAGUGCUUUUGUUCUGUGGGUUUUUUCCCAUUUCUGGCUUAUUCAGUCUCCUUCCAGCCUGUCCUCCAGUUACCUUUUUAAUUCUCGUAAGACAGAAGUUUCCUAUAGACACUUCCACCACAGCUUUUAAAAUCUCACUGGUUGCCUUAAUGACCUUUCGUGUCAUCUUCCAGCUUUCCUGUCAGGUAGCGCAAUUCUAAAUGUGAGUGUAUACAUUUUUCUUUGACAAGUUUCACACUGCCAUGUGAUACAUGAAACCGUAAAUCCAAUUCAAAGACUGUAAUUGCUGAUAUGUUGGCAUAAAAUCCUCUGUCUAGACA